GUCUCUCAGAUCCACCUUUGCGCUCGACGUUGACACUGGGUCCGUUCAUCGUGCACUUAGAUAAGGGCGUGAACGAUUUUCAAAUGAAUCGCAAAUCUAUACGUCCCUGAAUAUUACGUGAAAACUCAACGGCUAUAGACGGUAUAUCCGAUCGAGUUUUCUAAUAAUGAAAUACGAAGGUAUCGCAUUGUUCAUUUCCUUAAUUAUUCUGAACGACGAGGUCUACAAUGGACUCGUCGCGAGCCAAUUCAACAAUCCCACUUUCUUUAUGAUCGGCGGCGUUUUUUCUAAUAAUGAGAGCAAAGAAUAUUUCAAACGAACGUUGAACAAUUUGAACUUCAACUCACAAUAUGUCAAUAAGGGAGUGACUUAUAAGCACACUGUAAUUGAAAUGGACUCCAAUCCAAUUAAGACCGCUUUGAGCGUGUGCAACUCUUUGAUAGCGGAACAAGUGUACGCGGUGGUAGUCUCUCACCCCCUUACGGGAGACUUGUCACCAGCUGCUGUGUCUUACACAAGUGGAUUUUAUCAUAUACCAGUUAUAGGUAUAUCUUCAAGAGAUUCCGCGUUCUCCGACAAAAAUAUUCACGUUUCUUUUCUAAGAACGGUCCCACCGUAUUCGCAUCAAGCAGACGUAUGGGUUGAGUUACUGAAACACUUCAACUAUAUGAAAGUGAUCUUCAUCCAUAGUUCAGAUACAGACGGUCGAGCGUUGCUUGGAAGGUUUCAAACGACUUCUCAGAAUUUGGAAGAUGAUGUUGAAAUUAAAGUUCAGGUAGAAUCUGUGAUCGAAUUCGAACCUGGUUUAGAUAGUUUCACGCAACAGUUGAUAGACAUGAAGACUGCGCAAGCCAGAGUUUGUCUUUUAUAUGCCUCGAAAACGGAUGCGAGCGUGAUCUUCCAAGACGCAGCAGCGUUAAAUAUGACCGGUGCAGGAUAUGUCUGGAUUGUGACGGAGCAAGCCUUAGAUGCACCAAACGCACCGGAAGGUCUUCUCGGCUUGAAAUUAAUUAACGCAGAGAAAGAAAUGGCUCACAUCGAAGAUAGCCUGAUAGUGCUCGUAUCUGCUUUACGGGAGAUGAACAAGACAAAAGUGAUUACGGAAGCGCCAAAGGAUUGCGGCGAUUCUGGCUCCAUAUGGGAAACCGGCAAGAGCCUUUUCGAAUUCAUUCGCAAAGAGGUGCUAUCAGAUGGUACUACUGGCAAAGUAGCAUUCGAUGACAACGGGGACCGCAUUUAUGCUGAAUAUGACAUCAUUAACAUCCAGGAGAAUGGUGAAAGGAUCUCUGUUGGACAGUAUUUUUAUCCAUCUAAUGGUACCAAGAUGACAUUAAGCGUCAACGAAUCGAGCAUAAUAUGGCCCGGCCGACUGCAAACUAAACCCGAAGGUUUUAUGAUUCCUACACACUUAAAAGUGCUAACUAUCGAAGAAAAACCAUUUGUCUACGUUCGCGAGGUCGCAUUCGGCGAAUUAUGUCUUCCAGAAGAGAUUCCAUGUCCCCAUUUUAAUGCUACCGAAUAUGAAACUACGAAAACAUAUUGUUGCAAGGGAUACUGUAUGGAUUUGUUAAAGGAAUUGUCAAAGACCAUUAAUUUCACCUAUAGUUUGGCCUUGUCUCCUGACGGACAAUUCGGCAGCUAUGUGAUCAAGGACAGUUCAGUCGGAGGAAAGAAAGAGUGGACAGGACUUAUCGGAGAACUGGUGAAUGAAAGAGCAGAUAUGAUCGUUGCUCCUUUGACGAUUAAUCCGGAACGUGCCGAGUUCAUCGAGUUCAGUAAGCCAUUCAAGUAUCAGGGCAUCACCAUUCUUGAAAAGAAACCAUCAAGAUCAUCAACGUUAGUGUCGUUUCUGCAACCGUUUAGCAACACCCUAUGGAUACUGGUGAUGGUGUCGGUGCACGUGGUGGCUCUAGUUCUGUACCUCCUCGACCGGUUCUCGCCUUUCGGGAGGUUCAAGCUAGCAAACACUGACGGUACCGAAGAGGACGCCUUGAAUCUGUCCAGCGCCGUCUGGUUCGCUUGGGGAGUUCUUCUCAACAGUGGAAUCGGAGAAGGUACUCCACGGAGUUUUUCUGCUCGAGUUUUGGGCAUGGUGUGGGCAGGGUUUGCAAUGAUUAUCGUUGCCUCUUAUACUGCCAAUUUGGCUGCUUUCCUCGUGUUGGAACGGCCGAAAACUAAAUUAACUGGCAUUAACGAUGCUCGACUUAGAAACACCAUGGAGAACCUUACGUGCGCCACAGUGAAAGGUUCCGCUGUGGACAUGUACUUCCGUCGACAAGUUGAAUUAUCCAACAUGUAUCGUACAAUGGAAGCAAAUAAUUACGACACUGCCGAAGAAGCCAUCAGAGAUAUAAAAAUUGGCAAACUUAUGGCUUUUAUCUGGGAUAGUUCUCGACUAGAAUUUGAGGCUGCUCAGGAUUGCGAAUUAGUAACUGCUGGAGAACUAUUUGGCCGUUCCGGUUAUGGAAUUGGCUUGCAAAAAGGUUCCUUAUGGGCAGAUGCUGUGACUCUUGCUAUCUUGGAUUUCCACGAAAGUGGCUUUAUGGAAAGCCUCGACAAUCAUUGGAUCCUUCGGAGUAACGUGCAACAAUGCGAGCAACUUGAGAAAGCUCCGAAUACUUUGGGCUUGAAAAAUAUGGCUGGAGUAUUUAUAGUGGUCGGUGUUGGAAUCAUAGGUGGUAUUGGACUUAUUAUCAUUGAAGUAGCGUACAAGAAGCAUCAGAUUCGCAAGCAAAAGAAGAUGGAACUAGCGAGACACGCAGCUGACAAAUGGAGAGGUGCAAUUGAGAAACGAAAGACUCUACGAGCUUCGAUAGCCGCUCAACGAAGAAUUCAAAGUAACGGCCUUAACGAUCCUACGACCGUGAGUUUAGCGGUCGAUACAGUAGCUAGAUCAAACGUGGCACCGCGAAGUCCUGGUCGAGCAUGGCCAGGAGACAGUGACAUCCGUCAACGACCCAUUCCACGUUCAGAUGAUAUUAGGUUGUCGCCUGCCGCAUACACUGCAAACGUUUCACAUCUCAUAGUAUAAAGUAACUUGUUCUUAUCGAUUACCUGUACAUCGUAAAAUAUCAAAAUGUUAUGUUAAGGAGAGAAAAGUUUAUUAAAUAUGACGCAUGUGUAACUGUGUUGAGAAUAAUAAGUUUGUUUUGUACAAUAAAGACCAUUACUUUAAA